CAGGCAGGCUCUGACGUGUUGGGGAGGAGCCGGGCGCGGAGGUGCGCGGAGUGGAGCUCAAGGCUGCGGAGGGGAGCGGAGCUGAGCGGCUGGGCGGGCCUGGCCAGGCCAGCGGAGAGGAGACGUCGGUCGAGCGGCGGCGAACAUGCGCUUUUGACACAUUGGAGGCUUUCUUGAUCAUGGAUGGUGAAGAUAUACCAGAUUUUUCAAGUUUAAAGGAGGAAACUGCUUACUGGAAGGAACUUUCCUUGAAGUAUAAACAAAGCUUCCAGGAAGCUCGGGAUGAGCUAGUUGAAUUCCAGGAAGGAAGCAGAGAAUUAGAAGCAGAGUUGGAGGCACAGUUAGUACAGGCUGAACAAAGAAAUAGAGACUUGCAAGCUGAUAACCAAAGACUGAAGUAUGAAGUGGAAGCAUUAAAGGAGAAACUGGAGCAUCAGUAUGCACAGAGCUACAAGCAGGUCUCAGUAUUAGAAGAUGAUUUAAGUCAGACUCGGGCCAUUAAGGAGCAGUUACAUAAGUAUGUGAGAGAGCUGGAGCAGGCCAAUGAUGACCUGGAGCGAGCAAAGAGGGCAACAAUAGUUUCGCUGGAAGACUUUGAACAAAGGCUAAAUCAAGCCAUUGAACGAAAUGCAUUUUUAGAAAGUGAACUUGAUGAAAAGGAAUCUUUGUUGGUCUCUGUACAGAGGUUAAAGGAUGAAGCAAGAGAUUUAAGACAAGAACUAGCUGUUCGGGAGAGACAGCAGGAAGUAACUAGAAAGUCGGCUCCCAGUUCUCCAACUCUAGACUGUGAAAAGAUGGAUUCUGCUGUCCAAGCAUCACUUUCUUUGCCAGCUACUCCUGUUGGCAAAGGAACAGAGAACAGUUUUCCUUCACCAAAAGCUAUACCAAACGGUUUUGGUACCAGCCCACUGACUCCUUCAGCUAGGAUAUCAGCACUAAACAUCGUGGGGGACCUCUUACGGAAAGUAGGGGCUUUAGAAUCCAAAUUAGCAGCUUGCAGGAAUUUUGCAAAGGACCAAGCAUCACGAAAAUCCUAUAUUUCAGGGAAUGUUAACUGUGGGGUGAUGAAUAGCAACGGCACGAAGUUCUCUCGAUCAGGGCACACGUCUUUCUUCGACAAAGGGCAAGAAAAAGUCAUAUUUCCCACGUUGUUCAUGGGUAACUGAACUUGUUUGCUGUGCUCUUUCAUUCUUAAUCAUGGGCAGUAAACGGCUUUGACCCGGCUUCUCCUCCUCCCGGUCUGGGCUCCUCGCGCCCGUCGUCGGCACCGGGUAUGCUGCCUCUCAGCGUGUGAGUGCCCGGCCUCCAGGUCGGGGCUCCCGCCCUCCUGCAACAACCCAGGACACCCACGCCUCACCCCUCGGUGCCCGGGCCCAGCUCGUGCCCCUCCGUCUGCCUCCCCACGGCUGGCAGAGGGCAGGCUGCAUGCAGUGGCGGCUGCUGGGCCCUGCCCAGCCCCAGGACUCUGCGCGACAUCAAUACUGGCUAUUUUCUCUUCUCGCCGUAGUGCCGUUGGUUUCACAUGAUUGCACUUUUGUGGGUCACAAGGUGAUACAUACACGUAUUACUUGGUCACUGGAUGCAGAAGUACCCAUUCAUCACACCUGCCUCAUAGCCCCCUCCCUGCUGUACUGAUAGGAUUUAGUUAUGUUUAGGACAUUGCAGAUCUUCUAGAGGUUCUCCCCCAAAUCAGGUCGACGUGUGCUCUCCUCCUGAGCUCCCACCCAAGCAUCUCCAGUGCUCAUGGAUCAUGUGUCCCCCACCUCCACCCCCACGGUUUGGGCCUGUUGCUGGCAAAGAGUCAGGAAGAUUACUGAAUUAGGGAACAUUUUCUGCACCUUCUGGUUUUACUUUAGCAGUUAUCAUUCCAUAGACUAGCCUCCCAGAGCAGCAAAACACCUGUCUGAGCCCAGGUGGCAGGAGCUUCUGGGACCUGGGCACAUGCAGGGCUGUGCCCCUGCCGUCUCCUCCUCCUCCACGUGCCUGAGACUCGGGGUAGGGGGUGGUGGCAUCCUCCUCGCCAGCUCUCUGGUCCUUCAGUUAAAUGACACCUUCAGAGUGUGUUUGUUUUGUUUUCAGAGGGCCUGUCCAGUUGUGUUAGGAAGGGUUGAGCGGCCUGAUUCCAGGGGCCGGCUGGUGCUAGCUCCUGGGGGUAGACUGACCAUAAGUGGUUGUCCCUGUGCAUCCUUUGAUUACUCUCAUGCUGCAUUUACUGUUUACAUUUGUUUUAUUGUACAUAGGUUUGUAAACAUUAUUGCCUAAGAUAUUUGUAUAUAACUUGGGCUUUGUAGCUUUUAUUUAUUCAGAACUCAUAUGGCAUGUUAAAGACUUAACGAUGGUGUCCUACUCUGGGCAGCUGUGUAGGAUCAUCAUGUGGUUAAAAAAAAUACUCCCCCUCAAAAAAAUCUUUUAAUGUGGAAACAAUAAAUUUCACAGAAAAAAAAGAAAAAGGAU